CGAAGUCUCAUGUCUCUCGAAGGCGACGUCAUCAUGGGUGUUAAUAAAGGUAACACUGGUACAUUUCCGGUUCCCCAAUGAUAGGUAUAUAAUCAGGUAGACAUAUGGUGCCCCAUGAUUUACUUCCACUUCACUUCACUUCUUCAUAGAACAAGACACAUCCGAGCAAGACGAGUUCGAGCCUUAUUAUACCAAGACAAAAUCCCACCGAAGAGAACAACAUAUCUCACUACCACCCGCCAACAUGGACAAGAUUAAGAACAUCGUCCAAAACACCGACAAGAAGGACCAGGAGAAGCAGUUCACCACCCAGCCCGUCGAGAACCAGUCCCAGGGAGUAGACCCUAAAUUUGCAGCUCAUCAGGCGAACCCUGGCCCCGCGAUGCCCCAGGACUUCAGUAACAUCAAAGAGGAGGGUACCAAGGAGGAGCGCCGCGCCAAGGCCGCCAGCCUGAACCAGAAAUAAAACGAUCCAUGGCCAUGGCGACGGGAGUCCCGGGACGGACGAGGCUCAACUCUUGAGUACUUCUUUCGAGCUGUAAGAUAGGGGGGGCUGAUGUUGUUCGAUACUCCGAUACUCUACUAUACGAUACGAUACCAUAUGAAUUGUUAAUGCUGCGAGACAUGGCGAUAUAACAAUAUGGGCCUUUGUGCGCGUUGAAAGCUUCCUGAACCUGACGGUGUCACGGUGAUCAUGUCCAGCAGGAUGAUGUACUUGAUUUGGUUUUCAAAGUGACCGUGACGAUGUUGAUGAUUUUACGAAUAUGAGGGGCAGU